UGCCUGGGGGUGGGAGCAGGAGGAGAAAGGGCGUCUGAUGCCAGCUGCCAACAUGACAGAAACCCUGCAGCUCCCGGCGCUGCGGGUCCCCGAGCAGCAGGUGCUGGAGGGCGGCUGCGCCUGGUCCAGCUCGUCCACCCCGACCCUGCGCAGGAAGCGCUUCAAGAUGAGGAGGAUGAAGAACGUGCAGGAGCAGAGCCUGGAGGCCGGCAGGUACCAGGAUUCUCCUUCCUCCAGCAAGGAAUACCUGCAGCUCCCAUCCAUUGAGAUCACCCCCUCCAGUGACGAGGACACCCCCUGGUCCAACUGCUCCACUCCCAGUGCCUCCCCACGCCGCAAGCGCUUCCUCCUUCGGAAGUGGCUGCGCGUCCGAGAGAAGAAGGAGUGCAGUGAGAGCAGCAGCCAGCAGAGCAGCCAGCAGAGCAGCCACGACGAUGACUCCGCGCGGUUCCUGAGCCCCUCGCGCGAGGACAGUACUGCCAGUAACUCCAACCGCAGCACGCCCGCCUGCUCCCCGAUCCUGCGCAAACGCUCCCGCUCGCCCACGCCGCAGGACGCCCCGGGGGACGCCAUGGUGGAGAAGGGCUCCGACCACUCCUCGGACAAGUCCCCGUCCACGCCGGAGCAGGGCGUCCAGCGGAGCUGCUCCUCCCAGUCAGGCCGCAGCGGGGCCAAGAACUCCAAGAAAAGCCAGAGUUGGUAUAAUGUGCUGAGCCCCACGUACAAGCAGCGGAACGAGGAUUUCAGGAAACUCUUCAAGCAGCUCCCGGACACGGAGCGCCUCAUCGUAGAUUACUCAUGUGCUCUCCAGCGAGACAUUCUCCUGCAGGGCCGCCUCUACCUCUCCGAGAACUGGAUCUGCUUCUACAGCAACAUCUUCCGCUGGGAAACACUGCUGACAGUUCGCUUGAAGGACAUCUGCUCCAUGACCAAGGAGAAGACAGCACGGCUCAUUCCCAACGCCAUCCAAGUUUGCACUGACACUGAAAAGCACUUUUUUACUUCCUUUGGGGCUCGAGACAGGACGUACAUGAUGAUGUUCAGACUCUGGCAGAAUGCUCUGCUUGACAAGCCUCUGUGCCCAAAGGAGCUCUGGCACUUUGUCCACCAGUGCUAUGGGAACGAGCUGGGGCUCACCAGUGAUGAUGAAGACUACGUGCCUCCUGAUGAUGACUUCAACACCAUGGGCUACUGCGAAGAAAUCCCCGUGGAGGAGAAUGAAGUCAACGACAGCUCCUCCAAGAGCAGCAUGGAGGCCAAGCCAGAAGCCAGCCCUCAGCUGCCAAAGAAAUCUGUCACUGCCAGCACCCUGACCUCCACAGGCAGCAGUGAAGCCCCAGCCUCCUUCGAUGGAGUGCUCCCAGAAGAGGAGGAGGCAGUGGCAGAGAGUCCUGUGGAGAAAGACCUUGGCAUUGCCAACAUCAUGGGAGAGAAGAUCGACAUCAUUGGCCCUGUGAACUCCCCCUCCCUGGACUUCAAUGACAACGAAGACAUUCCCACUGAGCUCAGUGACUCCUCAGACACCCACGAUGAAGGGGAAGUCCAGGCGUUUUACGAGGACCUGAACGGCCGCCAGUACGUGAACGAGGUGUUCAACUUCAGCGUGGACAAGCUCUACGACCUGCUCUUCACUGAUUCCCAGUUCCAGAGGGACUUCAUGGAGCAGCGCCGCUUCUCUGACAUUAUCUUUCACCCCUGGAAGAAGGAGGAAAAUGGCAAUCAGACCAGAGUGAUCCUGUACACCAUCACCCUCACCAACCCUCUGGCCCCCAAAACUGCCACAGUCACUGAAACUCAGACAAUGUACAAAGCCAGCCAGGAGAGCGAGUGCUAUGUCAUAGAUGCAGAGGUGCUAACCCACGACGUCCCCUACCACGAUUAUUUCUACACCAUUAACCGCUACACGUUGACUCGUGUUGCCAGGAACAAAAGCCGACUCAGGGUUUCCACAGAAUUACGCUACAGAAAACAGCCUUGGGGGCUGGUGAAAUCCUUCAUUGAGAAGAAUUUUUGGAGCGGCCUGGAAGAUUAUUUCCGUCAUUUGGAGAGCGAGCUGACCAAAACAGAGAGCACGUACCUGGCUGAGGUGCACAGACAAUCCCCCAAAGAGAAGGUGAGCAAGCAAUCCACGGUGCGCCGGCGGAAACGCGCCCACGCCCACCUGCGGGUGCCACACCUGGAGGAGGUGCUCAGCCCCGUCACCACCCCCACGGAUGAGGAGGUUGCCCAUCGAAUCAAGCACGUGGCAGGUUCCACUCAGACACGGCACAUCCCUGAGGAGAGCCCCAGCGGCUUCCACCUGCAGAGUGUCUCCAAGCUGCUCCUUGUCAUCAGCUUUGUUCUGGUGCUGCUGGUCAUUCUCAACAUGAUGCUGUUCUACAAGCUCUGGAUGUUGGAGUACACCACGCAGACGCUCACGGCGUGGCAGGGCCUGAGGCUGCAGGAGAGGUUACCCCAGUCUCAGACAGAAUGGGCCCAGUUGCUGGAGUCCCAGCAGAAGUACCACGACUCAGAGCUGCAGAAAUGGCGCGAGAUCAUCAAAUCCUCGGUGAUGCUUCUGGACCAGAUGAAGGAUUCACUAAUAAAUCUCCAGAAUGGCAUCGGCUCCCGGGACUUUGGGUCAGAUCCAGAGGAGAAACGGAAACGUUUCCAUUAACAGGCAGGAAUGCAGGAGGCCAGAGGACGGUGUGCAAUAUGUGUAAAUAGGAUAUAUAAAUAUAUAUAUAAAUAUAUAUAUAUA